AUGGAACCAGAGAACUUCACAUGGGUGUCAGAAUUUGUCUUGCUGGGACUGUCACAGACUUGGGAGCUCCAGCUUUUCCUGUUUCUGGUCUUCCUGUUUGUCUAUACCACCACUGUUGUGGGAAACCUCCUCAUCAUUGUCACAGCCACUGCAGAUGCUCGGCUCCACACCCCCAUGUACUUUCUGCUUCGCAAUCUGGCUGUGUUAGACCUCUGUUUCUCCUCAGUCACAGCUCCCAAGAUGCUGGUGGACUUCCUGUCUGAGAAGAAAACCAUCUCCUACCAGGGCUGCAUGGCCCAGCUCUUCUUCUUCCACUUCCUGGGAGGUGCCAUGGUCUUCUUCCUCUCUGUGAUGGCCUAUGAUCGCCUCAUUGCCAUCUCCAGGCCACUCCACUAUGUCACCAUCAUGAACACUCAGCUCUGUGUGGGACUGGUGGUGACAGCAUGGGUAGGAGGCUUUGUUCAUUCCAUUGUGCAACUCUCGCUGAUGCUCCCCUUGCCAUUCUGUGGCCCCAAUGUCCUAGAUAACUUCUACUGUGAUGUUCCUCAAGUACUGAGGCUCGCCUGCAUGGACACCUCCCUCUUAGAGUUGCUCAUGAUCUCCAACAGUGGCAUGCUAGAUGUCAUCUGGUUCCUCCUCCUCCUCAUCUCCUACUUGAUCAUCCUAGUGAUGCUCAGGUCCCACCCAGGGGAGGCGAGGAGGAAGGCAGCUUCCACCUGUACCACACACAUCAUCGUGGUGUCUAUGAUCUUCAUUCCAAGCAUUUACCUUUAUGCCCAUCCCUUCACUGCCUUCCCCAUGGACAAGGCUGUGUCCAUCAGCCACACGGUCAUGACCCCCAUGCUCAACCCCAUGAUCUACACCCUGAGGAACCAGGAGAUGAAGGCAGCCAUGAAUCGAUUAGCCGGGCGCCUAUUCAGUUGGUAA